CCCAGGCCAUGGAGGGUCCCCCCAGGCUGAAGCCCCUGGUGGCCGUGUGCCAGGUCACCUCCACGCCCGACAAGGAGCUGAACUUCGCCUCCUGUGCCAGGCUGGUGCGGGAGGCAGCAGGGCGCGGUGCCAGCAUCGUCUUCCUCCCUGAGGGCUUCGACUACAUCGGAGAGAGCACUGCCCAGACCCUCAGCCUGGCAGAGGGGCUGGAUGGGGACAUCAUGGGACGCUACAUGCAGCUGGCCAGGGAGUGCAAGGUGUGGCUGUCCCUGGGGGGCUUCCACGAGCGCGGCCAGGACUGGGCGGCCACGCAGCGCAUCUACAACUGCCAUGUGCUGCUGGACCCCGCAGGGACGCUGGUGGCAGCCUACAGGAAGACUCACCUGUGUGACGUGGAGCUGCAGGGCAGAGUCUCCAUGAGGGAGAGCAGCUUCACCAACCCUGGCGCCGAGAUCCUGCCGCCGGUGGACACCCCGGUGGGCAAGCUUGGGCUCUGCAUCUGCUACGACCUGCGCUUCCCGGAGGUGUCGCUGGCCCUGCGCCGCGCCGGGGCUCAGCUCCUCACCUACCCCUCGGCCUUCACCUUCCCCACCGGCUCUGCGCACUGGGAGGUGCUGCUGCGGGCCCGAGCCAUCGAGUGCCAGUGCUACGUGGUGGCAGCAGCCCAGACCGGGCAGAACCAUGGGCACAGGACCUCCUUCGGCCACGCCAUGGUGGUGGACCCCUGGGGCGCGGUGGUGGCGCAGUGCCACGAGGGCCCUGGGCUCUGCUACGCCGAGGUCGACCUUGGCUACCUGCGGCUGGUGCGCAGCCAGAUGCCGGUGCAGGGGCACCGCCGCCACGACCUCUACGGCACCCUGGAGGCCAAGGGCUUGGCAGCUGCGCCCUGA